AUGGAGCCAUUGGAAGACAUAUAUGUUCAUGGCGUUCAUGAUGCUCAAGAACUCAUCCAUGUCCUUCGAGACAUACAAGCAUUUAUUUCCAUUGAUAACACCCAGUUACCUGUGAAACUCAUUGUCAUUGAUUCCAUUGAUGCGUUGUUCCGAUCACAGUAUCAGACAACACCGGCAGAUUUGAAACAGCGGUCUAAAAUGUUCUUCAAGAUAUUUGGGACAUUGAAGGCUUUAGCAAAUAAGUUUGGGUUGGCGGUGCUUGUCACCAACCAAGUGGUGGAUUUUAUUGGGCCACAUGAUGGAGUAAAUGGGGUGAGGUUGGGAAACUUGGAGUGCCUGCACACAUCAGGUAGACGGGUGAGUCCAGCUUUGGGACUGGCUUAG